GCGACCGCACGCGCCCUCUCCACGAAGGACUGCCUUGUUUUACUUAUUGCCUUGUACGUUCGUCAGUUUGGAAAAAAUCACGUCAUGAGGCUUGUUAUCCUGGAAUCCUAUGAGCAGGUGUCAGAGUGGGCAGCCAAAUUUGUGAGAAACAAAAUACUGAAGUAUAAUCCAGGACCUGGCAAUUAUUUUGUACUUGGUCUACCAACAGGUGGCACCCCAAAGGGCAUGUACAAGAAGCUGGUAGAAUUCCACAAGAAAGGGGAGCUUUCUUUUAAAUAUGUCAAAACCUUUAAUAUGGAUGAAUAUGUUGGUCUUCCCCGUGAUCAUCCAGAAAGCUAUCAUUCGUUCAUGUGGGAGAAUUUUUUCAAGCACAUAGACAUAGAUCCAAGUAAUGCUCAUGUGUUAGAUGGCAAUGCUUCAGAUCUUGUUAAAGAAUGUGAUGAUUUUGAGGACAAGAUAACAGCAGCUGGAGGAGUACAUCUCUUCAUUGGAGGAAUAGGAAGUGAUGGUCAUAUUGCAUUUAAUGAGCCUGGCUCAUCAUUGGUUUCAAGAACACGAGUCAAGUCCUUGGCAAAAGAAACUAUUGUGGCCAAUGCACGGUUCUUUGACAAUGACAUGACAAAAGUACCAACAAUGGCUCUUACCGUGGGAGUGGGCACUGUGAUGGAUGCUAGAGAGGUUCUUAUUUUGAUUACUGGUGUACACAAAGCAUACGCCCUACGUUGUGCAACGGAGGAAGGAGUCAAUCACAUGUGCACUGUGUCUGCCUUCCAGCAACACCCACGGACCAUUUUUGUAGUUGAUGAUGAUGCCACCUUGGAGCUGAAAGUCAGAACUGUGAAGUAUUUUAAAGGCCUAAUGGAUGUUCACAAUAAGCUGGUAGAAGAUCCUCAAGAUCCAACAGAUGCACCACCCAGUGCUAAGAGGUUGAAAUCAGUUUCAGAUGAUGAUGGAGGGAAUUAAUGGCUUCCCAUAACUUUGCUGUGUCAGCUAAUUUCCUACCAGCCUUAUUUUACUGAAUUUCCACCUCAAGGGGAGGCUUAAAUCAGACGAAAAUUCUGUUGACUUAAAAAUUAAUUCUGAUUCAACUGGACAAUUGCUUAGAUACGUGUUGGAUAAAAUUGGAGACAACCUAGUGUGCGACGGAAGUAUUGAAACAAAAACGGCAUUAAGCGUAGUGGUUAUGGUUAAAGUCAAAACGUGCAAAACUUGUAGUAACCAUUCAAAUUUGUUGUCAAAGAACUGAAAAUAAUGAUUACUGCCUAAUAAGACCAGAGACCAUAAGGAGCAAAGUUAAAGAGUAGUUUAAAUUGAGCUACGAGUUAUUCCUCAAAUCAGAGAUUAAUCAGCUUAGUACACUAAUGAAAAUGUCAUUACUGAUCACAACUAAAAAUAGAUAUAAGAAUAGUGGUUUACACUGGAAUCAGUCAAGGGACAUUUUCUCAAAAAUAACAAACGUGAAAGUCUUACUCUUAGACUUGAAAAUGUUUCUUAGCGCAAACGAGAUUUGACUGUGGGUAAAUCGAAUUAAACUUUACAGAGACAGAACUUUCUCUGAUUAUUCGUUUUUUUCCCCUUAUGAGCAAUUGUUAAAGAAACGAGUGGUUUUCCUGAAUAAAGAUUGAGAGUAUUUCA